GCAGAACAUAAAACUGAAAGCAAAAACGCAUUUCAAUGGAUCCAAUCGAUAUUUUUCCAAUCUCGAAUAAACAAACCACCAACUUUUCUUCAUUAAUCUUCGGAGGUUAAUUACAUAUUCAUUUUCCUCCUUUCCUGUCCACAAUCAAAGAGUUAUGGAUACGCCUCUUUUUGGUAUACCUAAUCCUAGUGAAUUUUUGAAGUUAAAAUCAGGACAUGAGCCCGGUUAAAAACUCCAGUCUAACCCAACCCAAAUCGAAUCGAAUAGUAAUUCACAUGGAUCUAGGAAAGGCCUGCUAUAUUUGUGCACAAGCUAAAGUUUGAAAAACGAAUAUUUUUUGUAAGUUUCAUUGUAAACAAUGCCAAAUCGGCUUUUUAUUUUUCUUCGUAUACCUUACCUAGCAAAGCAGAAAACAAGUAGUCUUCUCUUUCCGUAUUCAAUCAAUAUAAACUCCUCCGCUUGGAUUCUAAUAAAAAAACGAUAUCAACACCAAUAUAUUCUAAAUCCUGAGAUGGAAAUUCCUAGACAUUCUCCUCCAUCUAACUAUUUGCUCUGUUCUAAAUCACCUAAAUCACUAAGAAAAAGAGACAAAAAGACCUCUUGAUUCUAUUUCUUUUAGAAUAUUCAUUCUAUAUAAAUAGAACCAAAAUGGAUUUCAAUUUAUAAUAAUAAUAAAUAGAAUUAUCAAUUCUUUCUAAAAAAAAUAAGAAUUCUAUUUAGAAUUCCUUUUCUUUAGAAAGAAUCCUAGAUGAGGUGAAACCAAGAGAGUUUUAUUUGUAUAAGAGCAAUAUAUAUUUAUAUAUUUAUACUAAUACUAACUAUAUUGAAAAAAAAAUCGAAAUAAGUGUAAUGGAAAUGGGAUUCCAGUCGAUCAAUCUUGAAACGAGACAUGUCCCACAGUAAACAAACGAAACUAGAGAGUUCGAUCAAAAUGAAUUUUUGUUUUGACUAAACAAUUAUGGAUAACUUGACAAUUUCAAUUUGAAUCGACUACUUCGGUAUAUUUUCCACAUUCAUAGGAGUGCAUCUAUGUUUCUGCUUUACGAAUAUGAUAUUUUUUGGGCAUUUCUAAUAAUAUCAAGUAUUAUUCCUAUCUUGGCAUUUUUCAUUUCCGGAGUUUUAGCUCCGAUUAGCAAAGGACCAGAGAAACUUUCUAGUUAUGAAUCGGGUAUAGAACCAAUGGGCGACGCUUGGUUACAAUUUAGAAUCCGUUAUUAUAUGUUUGCGUUAGUUUUUGUUGUUUUUGAUGUUGAAACGGUUUUUCUUUAUCCAUGGGCAAUGAGUUUCGAUGUAUUGGGUGUAUCCGUAUUUAUAGAAGCUUUAAUUUUUGUGCUUAUCUUAAUUGUUGGUUCAAUUUAUGCAUGGCGAAAGGGGGCAUUGGAAUGGUCUUAGCUCCUGAAUAUUCAGACAAUAAAAAGAAAAAAAAUACGAUUGAGAUGGUUAUGAAUUCUAUUGACUUUCCCUUACUUGAUCGAACAACCCCAAAUUCUGUUAUUUCAACUACAUCCAAUGAUCUUUCAAAUUGGUCAAGACUCUCUAGUUUAUGGCCGCUUCUCUAUGGUACCAGUUGUUGCUUCAUUGAAUUUGCUUCACUAAUAGGCUCACGAUUCGACUUUGAUCGUUACGGACUGGUACCAAGAUCGAGUCCUAGACAAGCGGACCUGAUUUUAACAGCCGGAACAGUAACAAUGAAAAUGGCUCCUUCUUUAGUGAGAUUAUAUGAGCAAAUGCCGGAACCAAAAUAUGUUAUUGCUAUGGGAGCAUGUACAAUUACAGGGGGAAUGUUCAGUACCGAUUCUUAUAGUACUGUUCGUGGAGUCGAUAAGCUAAUUCCUGUGGAUGUCUAUUUACCGGGCUGUCCACCAAAACCGGAAGCAGUUAUAGAUGCUAUAACAAAACUUCGUAAGAAAAUAUCUCAAGAAAUCUAUGAAGAUAGAAUUAGGUCUCACCAGGAGAAUCGGUCACCAGGCGGGCUGUUAGCUAGUGUGUAUCAUCUUACGAGAAUAGAGUAUGGUGUGGAUCAACCGGAAGAGGUAUGCAUAAAAGUAUUUGCCCCAAGGAGGAAUCCUAGAAUUCCGUCUGUUUUCUGGGUUUGGAAAAGUGUGGAUUUUCAAGAACGGGAAUCUUAUGAUAUGUUGGGAAUCUCUUAUGAUAAUCAUCCACGCUUGAAACGUAUCUUAAUGCCGGAAAGUUGGAUAGGGUGGCCCUUACGUAAGGAUUAUAUUUCCCCCAAUUUUUAUGAAAUACAAGAUGCUCAUUGAAUGAUACGGAACUAAUCUUCACUUAUACAAUUCUAGAUAUUCAAGGAUUGUACCUUUUCUUUUGUUCUAGAUCAAACAGAGUAAUUGAAGUCUCAUUUAUAUUAGGGAUGGGCUAACAAAAAUAAAAUAAAAGACAAUAAAAUUAGGGAUUCAUUGGGAUUCUCAAAUUUGGAAGAUACUUAUUUCGGGUGAGCCGAGCCAAUAGGAUGAACCAAACGAGUUCUGCAUCAUGAACUUUGUACCGCGCACAUCGCCUAGAUGGGUUCUAAAAAGUCAUGUAGGAAUGAAUAAAGAACUAGACUAUGAAAGAAAAUACAAAGAAAUGAAAGAGGAUCCAAUUCUAUUUAUUUGUACUGUAUCUGAACUGAAUCUUGUCUAUUCCCAUCCUUCAACUCUUCUAGACUAGAUUUUACAACCAACUAAUUUAACCCUUCGAAUAUGUAUAUGUGUAUGAAGUAUUAACGUUUUUUUGAACGAGAGGAUAAAUAAAAAAGAAGAGUAAAUAAAAUCGAAUUCUUUCUUUAUAUAAGAAAUUCUUUACCCACCUAUAAACUAUAAAAUACUUUACCCAUCUAUAAAAUAGAGGGGUAUACCUCACACCUAGAUGGAUAAAAAAAGUAUGUAGUGGAUUCUGAUCUAGACUAUUAAUAUUAAUGAAUAGAUAUAUAUGUCGAUCCAUAUCAAUUAAUUUGUAGAAACCAGAUACUUAUACAAAUGAAUCAUGUGCCAGGAACCAGAUUUGAACUGGUGACACGAGGAUUUUCAGUCCUCUGCUCUACCAGCUGAGCUAUCCCGACCAUUCCUGAUGCAUCAUCCUCAUUUUACUAGAUGACUUGGGCCUAUGUCAAUUAAAAAGGGGCGAAAGGAUAUUACAAAGUCUUAUCCAGGCCCUGGAAUUUCUUGAUCUUCAAAA